CCCCUGUUUUAAGCUCUCCGUGUCUUCUCUUGGUUGUCGGUCGGGCCGUUGAAUUGCUAGGACAUCUAUCCGACUUGUCUUUUCUACGAACUUUCGAGCUGUUCCGUUCUCGCGAGUAUUCCGUUUGCUUUCUUUUUUUUUUAUGCCCUGUUCCUGGUGAUCUUUCUGUCUCUGUGCUUUCUGGGGGCGCUCUCUUUUACUCUGUUCCUGGUGAUCUUUCUGCCUCUGAGCUUUCUUGGGGAGUUCUCUUUUACCCUGUUCGCUAUAUGCUUUAUUGUUGAUGCUUUACACAUACUCUGCCACUUUCACCAGCUUUAAAUUUGAGGUUAUCAACUCAACUCUGUCUCUCCCUCCCUGAUGAUUCUUUAUGGCACUUUGUAAGGAACAUUUGUAAGGAACUAUCCGUGGUCAGUCUGUCUCAAGCUCGAGAUUGCCUCUCUCUCUCUCUCUCCCCCUCUCCCUUUGUAUAAAAAAAGUCCAACUCAGGUUUCUGCGUCGUUGGUAGUUGGAUUCUAUCUCUAACUCAGUGGAAAGUUCGGUUUAAAUUAUAGGAGGACCCAAGUAAAUUGAUUAUUUAGGUGGAUCGAACUGAAAUUUUGUGAGUAUGGGGUUCUUUAAAUUUAUAGCUUUUAGUAGGCUGUGUGUUGCCCUGUUAUUCUUGGCUGAGCUGGUGACCUCGGUGGGUGGAAUCGGAGUAAACUGGGGAACGCAGACGACACAUCCUUUGCCGCCUGCGACGGUGGUAAGGAUGCUGAAGGACAACGGGUUUCAGAAGGUGAAGUUUUUCGAUGCCAAUUCGAGCUACUUGAAUGCUCUGAGUAAGUCCGGGCUUCAGGUGAUGUUGGGGAUUCCGAAUGACAUGCUCUCUUCUCUGGCGAGCAACGUUGAGGCGGCGGAGAAUUGGGUCGCGCAGAAUCUCUCUACUUAUGUCUCCUCCAAUGGAGUGGACAUCCGGCAUAUUGCAGUAGGGAAUGAACCGUUUCUCUCGACGUACAACGGAACCUACCUUAAUACAACCCUUCCCGCCCUCCAGAAUGUCCAGGCAGCUGUUGUGAAAGCCGGAUUGAGCACACAGGUCAAAGUCACCAUCCCUCUCAAUGCUGAUGUGUUAGAGAGCUCGACGAACCUUCCUUCUGAUGGAGACUUCCGGUCAGAUAUCCGUGAUCUCAUGUUGGAGAUCGUCAAGUUCCUCAGCGACAAUGGAGCUCCUUUCACCAUCAACAUCUACCCUUUCAUUAGCCUCUACAACGACCCCAACUUCCCAGCGGAAUUUGCCUUCUUCGACAGCUCGUCAUCGCCGCUGAACGAUAAAGGUACUAUAUACACCAAUGUGUUGGAUGCAAAUCACGACAUGCUUGUGUGGGCCCUGCAGAAGAAUGGUUAUGGAAACAUGUCCAUCACUGUUGGAGAGAUCGGUUGGCCUACAGAUGGAGACAAGAAUGCAAAUGCGAAGAGCGCUCAACGGUUCAACCAAGGGUUUAUGACUCAGUAUUCGGCUGGAAAGGGGACCCCCUUGAGGCCUGGCCAAAUGGACGCCUACUUGUUCAGCCUAAUCGAUGAAGAUGCAAAGAGCAUUCAACCAGGCAACUUCGAGCGCCAUUGGGGCUUGUUCUCUUUCGACGGGCAGCCAAAGUACCAGCUCAAUCUCGGUUCCACAAGCUCAAAUGGCUUGGUGGCUGCAAGGGAUGUCAAAUAUCUGGCUAAGAAAUGGUGCGUGAUGUCACAGUCAGCGAGCCUCCAAGACUCGCAAGUGGCGCCUAGCGUGAGCUACGCCUGCGCCAACGCGGACUGCACGAGUCUUGGGUACGGGAAUUCGUGUAGCAACUUGACUGCUCAAGGGAACAUCUCGUACGCGUUCAAUAGCUACUACCAGCAGCAUGACCAACUCGACACCGCCUGUCAAUUCCCUAACCUAUCGGUGAUUACGGACAACGAUCCAUCUGUUGGAGAUUGUAAAUUCAUUAUCAUGAUCCAAUCGCAGUCCAUGAGCUUGGUUGGGAGUGACGGAUCUCGGGGAAGAGGUAUAGUUCCAGCCAUAUUGGUGUCUUCAUUGCUGUACAUGAUUUUAUGGAUGCCAUAGUUAUUUCAUAUGAAGUACAUGAUUGUAGUAAGGCAUUGUGGCUUCGUUAUAGGUGCUGUCUGACACUUCGUACACAGUUAUACUUGUCUCCAUUCUCUUGUAAAUAGACAUUAUCAAGACAUGGAAAGUAGUUGAAUUCUAUCAAUUGUGUUAGAAUAUUUAUUUUUUAAAUAAUAAAUCAUGCCUUCAUUUAAUUGUUUAAACUUUUAAAACAAUUGGUGGUGAUUAUACCAAAAACUUCACAUGGUGUGAGAGUUAGAGGUCUUGAAUUCAAAUUUUAUUAGGUCCCAUGUGCCUCUCCAAUUAAAUUUUCACGUCUAGUAUUAGGCAAAAGACAAAACUAAACGUAAGGGGGAGUGUUAAAUUAUUUAAAUAAAAAACUACACAUUUAUCUAAUAACUUAAGUUUUUAGGACAUUUGGCAGUGGUUUUACCAAAAUUUUCACAAAUUGAUGUUCUUUAUUUUCCCUAUCCAAUCUCUCCAUUAGACCUAAACGGGGUAUUAGUAACACUUUUCCCCAUGUUAUCUUUAUAAUGUUGCCUAAGUGCUUCAAGGAGCUUCUUUACUUCUUCAAAUUUGAAGCACCUUUUGUAUCUAAUUCAAAUUGCCUUUGUCUUUUGGAUGACCAAUGAGAGCUUGUCGGAACAUCAGUGGACUUGCUAGAAUGCAGGGUUGGGAUAGAUACCCAAGCUAAAGCAAAGGAAUAUUUUUUUUCAAGACCUAGACGGAGUGCAAGGGCAAUUCACUAUAAUCAAAAGGAUCUUGUAAUGAUGGUCCUCUCCAUGGGUCUUAUGAUGAAGAAGCUGGAUCCUAUGAAUAAGUUUGUGUCCCAAAAGUGUCUUGUCAUGUCCAUUCCGUAAUGUCUUCUUAGGCAAGCAUAAAUUGUUGUUCUAGUUGCAUGAUAGUCAUCGGAAUGAUCCCAAGAAACAUUCUCAAUUUCUGUUGACCA